GACAGAUACACCAUGGGACAAAAACCCUUGAAAAUUUCAUGUUAUGUAGAUGAUGCCUUUUUGACUGAGUCUGCACUGUAGGUGGGUGUUGAUAUCUCUAGCUGCAGAAAUGUACACCGAGAAGUUAGGGCACAACAUCUAAGAGAUAUCGUAUGUUGGAAAAAAUGUAGUCCAUGGAGAGCAAAGUCCGUAUUUACAAACCGGCAAUUUAAGUACAUAGUAAUUCUAUGUACUUCGGGACCUCUCUCGCCCUAUGUUCUAUCCUAUACUUAAUAAAACGCAUUAUAUCCUCGUCCCUCAUCAUGCUAUCCAGCUCGUGGUUCAUCCUAAUUCUCCAACCACCGUUUUCCUCCUGGGUAGUCUCAAACAGUCCCAGCGUGGUCUCUUCUUCUUGCGUCAUCGGUUACUACAGGUCUUUAGCGUUUUAUGUAUUCUAAAGUUCAUUUUUCUGCUGAGGAUUUUUGACCAUAGGAGAUUUUUCUUGGUAUAGUAGUGGUUAUCUUUGAAAUCGAAUAACAUUUCUGAAAUAACAUCGAAAAAUAAUAUAAACCGUUUUGACUUUAAUCACCAUCCCAAAGAUGACGGCCACUGUGGAACGAUCGUUGUGUAAUAAAUGAUUCGAAGAGUAAUGAUCUGGUUGAGAAGCACUAUAGGAGAAGAAAGUUUUAGAUAAGUUUGAUACAAAUCCAAGGUGUUGUUGUUACCAUAAAAAUUUUACUCCUUAUGUUGAAUGUAAUAACUGAUAAAAAAGAAUAUACCCUUGGCGUUAUCAAUUUAAAUAUUUAUUUAUUUAUUCCAUCCUGUUCAUAUUUUUUAUCGAUUAGUCUCAAUAAGACAUCUGCUUUUACCAAAGAAACGUUUUUGGGUAUGAAUUGAAUGUCUUAAUAUGAAUAACUAUAGUUUUGAUAUUUAUGAAGACUUUAUAGUAAUUUCGAGAUCAAGCAUUUCUAUUCCAAAACGAUGGAGCGAAGAUGGUGUUCUUCAAAUUAUAAAUUCUUUCCCGGAAUUAUACAACGGGGAAAUCGGGUUAUUCAACAUUACGGCCGUACAACUUUUAUGUGCUUUUGCAACCGAAAACGAAAUUCCAUCAAAUCUAAAAUAUAGAUUAUCGAAAAAUAAUCACAUAAAUCUGCAAGAUUAUCUCGGCCGUACUCCACUACUUUACGCCGUUUUGAACGGAAACGUGAAAUUAGUUGAGCUAUUAUUAACCCACGGCGCUAACGUUGAAUGCAAACUCACUUGCGAAAGAGAAAAAAUUGUUGGGGAAAAAAAAUCGAGUGUUGGUGAUGUUCAAAAAUACAAAGAAUUGUUACAAAUGUUGCCUUUGUUUGAUCUGUUGGGCGUUUCAAGUCAAAGAACUCCUUUACAUAUCGCCGUGAAGAAAGGACAUGUUGAAAUCGUAAAAUUGUUGGUUUUUAAAGGGGCGGACGUAAACUGUAUUGAUUCCAAUGGUUUAACUCCUCUUUUACUGGCAGGAUGUAAUUCUUUGGAUGUAUAUGAAGAAAUAACGAGAAUACUUGUUUCCUAUGGUGCUGAUGUUACAAAAACUGAUUCAACAGGUGCAACAUCUUUAUACCACGCCGUCCAUUUAGGAAGUUAUGAGAUGACGAAACUUUUAUUAAAACAAGGCGCUUGGUUAACAAACACAACAAAUGGAGAGAAUGAAUUGCACGUCGCAGCCUUAAAAGGAUUCACACGUAUUUUGAAUACAUUUUUAGAAGAUUCCAGAUUUACAAUUGACGAUAUUAACCGGGUUGAUUCAUAUGGAAGAAGUCCAUCGUAUUUGGCUGCUUAUGCGGAUAGAAAAGAUUGCUUUAAACUGCUUUUGAAUAAAGGGGCCGAUAUGAGUUUAUGCACGAAAAGUGGAGAGACGGUUAGCGAUAAGUUCUUUAAGAAUGUGUCGGAUCCGAUAAGAUUUUUAACGAACAUUUUUGAUGAUUGUGUCGAAAACGAUCCUAAUCACGGGAUAAAGUUGAAUUUUGCAAUUUUAGCCCCGAAAGGUUGCCAACAAAUGAAAAUACUUCAUAGUUAUUUCAACGCGAUCGAAGAACAAGAAAAAUUACAAUUGUUACAUCAUCCCUUAUUGCAAGCUUAUUUAAAUUUAAAGUGGAGCCAAGCAAAGCCUUUUUUUUAUUUUUUAAUUAUAAGUUAUAUCGUUUUCGUUUUGUCUUUAUCAAUUUAUAUUUUGAUGCUUGUUAAAAAAGUUCCUUAUGUCUUUAUAGUAUCGGUAGUGUCUAGAUAUAUUUUGACCAUUUCCGCAACGGGACUUUUAAUUCAUGCUAUAAUACAGGCUAUAGUAAUGAUAAAGAAUCUCUAUAACAAAUUCGAAAUUUGGAUGAAUAUAACAUCAACGACAAUCGCCCUUACCGUGAUUGCUUUUGCUGAAAGUAAUGAUUUAAAAGAAAUCGUUUCAUCUCAAGAAUGGGUUUUGCACAGCACCAGCGUCGCCGUUUUAUUAGCUUGGACCGAAUUAAUGUUACUAAUAGGAAGAUUUCCAAAUUUAGGUUAUUACGCCUUAAUGUUUGGAGCGGUUCUUUUAAACGUGAUUAAAGUACUUUCGACGUUUAUCAGCUUGGUUAUUGGAUUUGCUCUUUGUUUCUCAAUCCAAUUUUACAACGAUGAAACAUUCCAAAAUGUAUGGCUCUCGAUGGUAAAAACGAUGGUUAUGAUGAUCGGCGAAUUUGAGUAUGUCGAUUUAUUUUCGACGGCGAAUAAUACAUCCGGAUUGCACGUCACAUCGAGAAUAAUUUUUUUCUUAUUUAUCAUCGUCGUUAGUAUAGUUCUGAUGAAUUUAAUGGUUGGAUUGGCAGUAAGUGACAUACAGGGUCUUCAACAAGAAAGCAGUGCGAGGCGAUUGGAGAAACAAGCGGAAUUUUUGUUACAAUUGGAAACCGUUAUUGAUCGCGUGAUAAAGUGGAAAAUUUUUCCGAAAUGUUUUGUUCGAUUUUUGAUAAAGAGUAAAAGUAUUUCUUUGGAUUUUACGGUCAAAACGGAAUGGUAUAAUUAUCAUAGAAGGAAGAGUUUUAAUUUGAAAGAGAAAUUAUCGCCUAAAUUACUCGAAGCUAUCGUAAGUAUUGCAAGAAAGAACGGAAGACGAGAAGUAAAAUUAAGUGAGAAACAAAUGGGAGAAAUUAUAGAAAAAAUUAAAUUGUUAUUAGAUACUUAUGAAGUUUAA